GGGAAUAACGCCGGGGCCGUUGCCAGAGGGACACCGAGCGCUCCGCCCUCGCUCCCGCAUCCCGCGGGAUGCCGGCUCGCUGAGCACCCGCUAGCGACGGCCCCUCCCCGGCGCGCGAGCCUCCUCGGAGGGGAUGACGUAGCUUUGCCAAGGAUUUAUCAGCUAAGCAGAAAAUGAGCUUAACAUCCUGGUUUUUGGUGAGCAGUGGAGGCACCCGACAUAGGCUGCCACGAGAAAUGAUUUUUGUUGGAAGAGAUGACUGUGAGCUGAUGUUACAGUCACGGAGUGUGGACAAGCAACAUGCUGUACUCAACUAUGAUGCCUCUACAGAUGAACACUUGGUGAAGGAUUUGGGCAGCUUGAAUGGGACAUUUGUGAAUGAUGUGAGGAUUCCAGAACAGACGUACAUCACUCUGAAGUUAGACGAUAAAUUGAGAUUUGGAUAUGAUACUAAUCUUUUUACUGUGGUCAGGGGAGAGAUGAGAGUCCCCGAAGAAGCACUUAAGCAUGAAAAAUUCUCAAGCCAACUCCAGUUAUCCCAAAAAUCUUCAGAGGCAGAAGGAUCGAAACAAAGCAGCUCCAAAAGUUCAGAGUCCAAGGUAGCAGACUCCACAGCUGAAGUGCACCACAAAACUACAGAAGCACUGAAAUCUGAAGAAAAAUCAGUGGAUAUUUCUGCCAUGCCUCGUGGGACGCCUUUGUAUGGACAGCCAGCCUGGUGGGGUGAAGAUGAAGCUGAUGAAAAAGGUGGUUGUAAGCCAGAUAGCAAGCAUGAAGAAAAAAUGCCUGAGACAGGAGCUUCAGGAUGCAGCACAGAUGCCAAGCAAUCUGAGGAGCAGUCUGCAUCUGCAAAUGAAGAACUUUAUCCUUUCUGCAGGGAGCCCAGUUAUUUUGAAAUCCCUACUAAAGAAUGCCAGCAAACUUCACAGGUAGCAGAGAGCGCUAUUCAUGAAAUUCCCACAAAAGAUACCCAAAGCUCCCACGCAGCAGCUUCAGGGCACGCUUCCUUUACCAUUGAAUUUGAUGACAACACUCCAGGAAAAGUAAAGAUCAAAGAUCAUGUGACAAAAUUCACAUCAGAGCAGCGUCACAAGUCGAAAAAGCCUUCUUCCUCCAGUGGCCAGGACCUGCCGGGGCUCCAGACGGUGAUGCUGGCUGCUGAGAGCAAAGUCGCAGAUUGGCUUGCACAGAACAAUCCUCCGAGAAUGAUAUGGGAGCCAACGGAGGAGGACUCCAAAAGUAUUAAGAGUGACGUUCCAGUGUACUUGAAGAGGCUGAAAGGGAAUAAACAUGAUGAUGGCACACAAAGCGAUUCAGAAAAUAUUGGCGCACACCGGCAUUACAGUAAAAGGGCAGCACUUGAAGAACACUUAAGGCAUCAUCAUACAGAGCUGAAAAAGUCACACCAGAAAGUCCAUUCCACAGAAAAGCAGCAGGAGCAAGCUGGUUUGAGUCAGACUGCCUUUAUGAUUGAGUUUUUUGAUGAAGACCAUCCUCGCAAGAGACGUUCUUACUCUUUUUCUCAGAAUGUAGGAGCUCUGUGCCCAGAAUCUCCAUCUCCGACAUCUCACGCACGAGCUGAAAGAGUGAAACCUGCAUCAGGAGAGAAAGUCCCUUCGCCUGUGCAAGCUAGCUCAUCACAUCACAGAGCAGUACAUGGUGUUCAUGCCAAACUUCUAAACCAGAAAUCAGAAGAACACUCUGCUGCGUUACCUGCCUUACAAGCUGCGUUGUUAAGGAGUUCAGGAAGCCUUGGCCAUAGGCCUAAUCAGAACCAGGAGAUGGACAAAAAGUUGAAGAGCCAACAUAUUUCUGCUGCUACUGAAAAGGACAAUGAGGAUGACCAGAGUGACAAAGGUACUUACACUAUUGAGUUGGAAAAUCCCAAUCCUGAAGAAAUGGAAGCCCGCAAAAUGAUUGACAAGGUAUUUGGAGUGGAUGACAGCCAGGAUUAUAAUAGGCCUGUUAUCAACGAGAACCAGAAAGAUUUAGUAAAAGAUUGGGCUAUAAAUUCUGCUACAGUAGUGCUGGAAGAAAAAAGACCACUGAGUACAACUGGAUUUCUUGACACAGAGGAAGGUUCUGCUAACCCUGGAAGUAAACGUUGGGUAUCACAGUGGGCCAGUUUGGCUGCUAAUCACACACGUCAUGACCAAGAUGACUUGAGAUUGGAGUCCUCUGUGCCUGCUCCAUUAGAAAAUGACACAGACAUCAGUGAGUCUGGUAUUUCUGUUAGAAGUGCUGGUUCAGCUGCUUCUAUGACCAGCCAAGGUGAGCGAAAGAGGAGGACACUUCCACAGCUUCCCAUAGAAGAGAAAGUAAAUGAAAAUUUAAAACCAAAGACUGUAUCUCAUCAGAGGUCAGAAAUAGGUGAAAAGCAAGACACUGAACUUCAGGAGAAAGAAACUCCAGCUCGUGCCUCAGAUGCUAAGUCAAGCAGAACAAUGAAUGGUCUUUCACCCAAAGCUACUGGAGACAAGGUGUUUUCUUUUCCCAGCUCUUCUAGUAAAGAGAGAGUUGAAACUGGCAGAGAAACUUCUGUGGUGAAACAAGCUUUAGCAAAAAUUCAACAACAGGAAAGAAAGGAGCAAGGACACUGGACGCCCUCAAAAUUAUCCUCUACAAAACUGGCUGCAAACCAGGUUGAGAAAGGUAGGGAGGAGAUUGUUAUGUCACCCAAAACUUUGGAUAAUCAAGAAAAUGCUCCUGGACAUGUUACAGAUAAAGCAGAAAUUAAAUUGGCACAGAUUGAGGGAAAAAGAAGAAAAAAUGAGGAGAUCAUUAGAGGACAAAGUCCUAAAGUACUUGCAGGAGACAAAAAGGAAUCUUCAAAACCCUUAGUGAGGCAAGGUAGCUUUACUAUAGAUAAGCCUAGCACAAAUAUACCUAUAGAACUUAUUCCUCACAUUAAUAAGCAGAGUGGUUCUGCUGCCCCUUUAGUAUCUGCAAACAGGUUACGUGACAGAAGUGAUUCAAUGGACACUGAUUCCAGUAUAGAUACAACACUCAUUUUAAAAGACACAGAAGCUGUAAUGGCUUUCCUUGAAGCUAAAUUGCGUGAAGAAAAUAAAACUGAUGAAGGUCCUGACACUCCUAGUUAUAACAGAGAUAAUUCCAUAUCACCAGAGUCAGAUGUUGAUACAGCCAGCACAAUCAGUCUAGUUACUGGUGACACUGAAAGAAAAUCCACACAGAAGCGGAAGAGCUUUACAAACUUAUAUAAAGAUAGAUGUUCCACUGGUUCCCCUUCAAAGGAUGUUUUAAAAUCUUCUACAAGUGCUAGAGAAAAGAUUGAAAAGAAAACUAAGAGUCGAUCUUCAGAUGGUGGGUCUAGGGCUGACACUCGCAAAACUGUGCAAUCCAGUGGAAGAAUGAGGCAACCAUCAGUAGAUUUAACAGAUGAUGAUCAAACAUCCAGUGUACCUCAUUCUGCCAUUUCUGAUAUCCUAUCAUCUGACCAGGAAACCUACUCUGGCAAAUCACAUGGAAGAGUUCCUUUUGCCUCAGCAGAUGAACUUGUACAUUCCAAGAUGGAAGGAAAGUCAGCUAAAUCAAAAACCUCUCCUGUUGGACUUGGGCAGUCUAGUAAAUCUACCACUCUUCCAAGACCUCGUCCCACAAGGACUUCUCUCUUGCGCAGAGCCCGCCUUGGUGAAGUCUCAGACAGCGAGCUUGCUGAUGCUGAUAAGGCUUCAGUGGCUUCCGAAGUGUCCACUACAAGUUCUACAUCAAAACCUCCAUCGGGGAGGAGAAAUAUUUCCAGAAUAGACUUACUCGCUCAGCCUCGCAGGAAUCGACUUGGCUCUUUAUCAGCACGUAGCGAUUCUGAAGCAACAAUAACCAGGAGCACUGCCUCAUCGCGUACCCCAGAAGCAAUCAUCAGAAGUGGUUCGAGGCUGCUCUCAGGAGGAGAGAGCACUAAAGUUUCUGCUAGAACUCGAGCCAAUAGCAUUUCUCGACUUUCGGAUUCAAAAUCCAAAUCCUUGGCUUCGGCUCAUAAUUCGCCCUCAGUAAGUGCAAGAUGGAGGCGCUUUCCUACAGAUUAUGCUUCCACCUCAGAAGAUGAAUUCGGAUCAAAUCGUAAUUCCCCUAAACAUGCCCGUCUGCGUACCUCUCCAGCCCUGAAAACCACGCGACUGCAGAGCGCUGGGACAGCAGCUCAAAGCAGCAACACUUUCAAGCACAGGAUAAAGGAGCAGGAAGACUACAUUCGUGACUGGACUGCCCACCGGGAAGAGAUAGCAAGGAUCAGUCAAGAUCUGGCUCUCAUCGCACGGGAAAUCAACGAUGUAGCAGGAGAAAUAGAUUCAGUGACUUCAUCAGGCACUGCCCCCAGUACCACAGUAAGCACUGCUGCCACCACCCCUGGCUCUGCCAUAGACACUAGAGAAGAGGUAGGAGAUCUUCAUGGAGAAAUGCAUAAGGUUAUGGGGGACAGUUUGCUGUUGUCCUCAGUCUUCCAGUUUUCUCGCAAGAUAAGACAAUCCAUAGACAAAACAGCUGGCAAAAUCAGAAUAUUAUUUAAGGACAAGGACAGAAAUUGGGAAGAAAUUGAAAACAAGUUACGAGCUGAAAGUGAAGUUCCUAUUGUGAAAACAUCAAGCAUGGAAAUAUCAUCAAUCUUACAGGAACUGAAACGAGUUGAGAAGCAGCUGCAAGCAAUUAAUGCCAUGAUUGACCCCGAUGGUACCUUGGAUGCUCUGAGCAACUUGGGAUUCGCCAGCCCCAUCUUACCAGCUCAGCCGAAGGCGAAGUCCAGCCCUGUUUCACAAGGCCCCCGCCCGGCAGUGCAGCCAAACUGCCAGCCCGAGGCCCGGGCUGCUCGUCCCACCGCCGGCCCUGUGCCAGCUGAAUUGGAAAAUGCUGAAUCCGAGGCAGAUUUCAGCAUACAUUUCAAUAGGUUUAACCCAGAUGGGGAAGAAGAAGAUGCCACCCUGCGUGAGUGACAUCUCAGUGUUUGAUACAAAAACCUUUCAUGUGGAAUGUUUAGAAAUCAAGGAAAACUUAUAAUGUUUGUUUUUAUAAUUAAAAAAAAAAAGCUUGGUCAAACAGCAGUUGUUUUAUUAAACCAGUUUUCUUUAAUUGUGAUGCUUUGAUUGUCACACAAAUCCUUUUCAAAUCAUAAAGAUAUGCAUAGAUACCAGUGUAGGAAAGCAGAUUGUGGCAGGUUUGCCCUUUGUGGUUGUGUGCUUUGCAAAAGAAUUAUUAUAUCAGCAGUUUUCCCUUAAUAGAUUUAUUUCUUUUUAAAAGCCAUGCAAGCAGUCUAACAUUUACUGAAAACCCCAAUCUCUUUGCCAAGCUGCUCUGAUGAACAGACUUCCUUCUCUAAAGCUUGUACAGAACUGUUGAACAGUUACGUUUGAUUCUGAAUUAGAUGAUUUAUAUAGGAAACAUUAUCUUUGACUACAAUGACACAUUACUGCAAAAGUAAGACAGAUUUCAGAAAGCAUUCAUUCUCAUGUACUGGAAAAUCUCAAACAGUUCUGUGGUUUAUGUAACCUUGUUGCUGCGUAAAUUGUCUUGGGGUUUACAAAUAAGUUCACAUAUUAUGUUUGCACUAAGAUUUGCUGGGAGUGGUAGGUGAACAUAUCGAUAUCGUUGAACAGCAAGCAGUGUUUUGGUGUACAUAGAAAACUGAUAAUACUGUCCUUGUAUUAUCAUUACAGUGUUUUAAUCCACUUUCUGAAAAGACUAUUUGGCACUUUUUGAUCUUCUUCAAAAGUCUUUUUGAUGUUAAUGAAAGUAGAAGUAUUUCAUAUCUCAUUUCUGUCCAAAUCUUUGUUGAAACUAACUAGGAAAUAAAUUUGAACAUAUAGCAACGUGGGACAUAUUAAAGCAUAUUGAGGCAAAUGGGCUCUCACCAAUCCACAUGCAACGUAAGCUUACAGAAGAAAUUACUGUUUAUUUGGAAUGAUCAUGAGAUGUAAAAUUUUCUUUAGGGAACUUGGAAAUAGAGUUGUCACGAUUUGCUUGAUCGAUAGGUGCACUCCCAAGCAAAUGAUUUUAUUUGCUUCUGUAUAUUUUCCUCUAGUCUUGCUAGUAAAGCUGUCCCUGUGUUACAUAUUUAAAAGGAUUCUGGACGACGACUGCUAACAUGGACAUUUUGCUUAUACCACUGAAAAGCAAGUCUAUUUAAAGUUUCCUAUAUAAGCCUAUUUUCCUUAUCAGUUGUCCCAGUAACUUAACAUUUGGAAAUAAUGAAAAAAAUUAAAGUAAAUUACUUUGUAUUUCCAGAACACUGUAAUUUGGAGGAAUGUUUUUUCUGUUAAAUGUAACUAAUAGACUGGAAUUUUCUUAUGUUUGCAUCAGUCUCUAUAUAUUACGGUUAAAGAUACAGUUUUGCAGCUUUUAUGAAAUGGUCUUUAAUAUUUCAGCAAUAAUCCUAUAUGAGAUUUGUUUUUAAAAAACCUACUUUCUGUACGCUUUUAAAUUGUACAGGCUUUCAGAAAUCAGUAAAAGUUGGACCAGUUAAUAAAGAUGCAAAAACUUUUUUUGUAGAGAUGUAAAAACAAAACCACUAAUCUGUUGUAUAAUGGAUUUCAUAUUUUCUUUAAAAAAAUUAAAAGCAAACAGUCUUCAUGUAUGACUCAAUAUGCUCUACUCCAGCUAACUGUGGGAGCCUGAAUUACACUAGUUUACAGAGGCUACAGGAAAACUUUUUGAAGUUGCAGAAGGGCAAAAAUAGAUGGAAACUAGAGCUAAGUGUUGAAAACUGAGUGUACCAAACCAUCACCAUAAUUCCUUCUUUUGUUUAAUGCUUGGGAACAUAAUUUUUCUGCAGAUUCAAGUUGAAAGUAGCAAAUGGCUAGGAAGGAUUAAAGGUGCAGGCUCUUCAUACGAGAUUCUGUUUGUGUUAUUUCAGGCGUUUUUACCUUUAUGUUGUGUAAUAAGCAUUUUGCAUUACUAUGUUAUUAUUUUGUAUGGACAUGUUCUCCUUAUUUAUUUUUGUUACAUUUAUUAUGUAUGUUAUUUUGUUAUAUGCAUUUACAACUCCAUUUUUAAAUAAAGUGUUUCUGGAACUUUACAAAUGUGUCAAUAUGUAAUUG